UGGAGCUAGCUCCAGAGGUCUAUGAUCCGCUCUAAAAACUGGUCUGCCUGGCUUGCUCAAAGUGUAGGCAUGCUCUUGGUGUUUUGAUGUUCAGGAACAAGGUACCCAACAUCGAGCCCAGGUCCCUCUUCCAAGUCAUCCACUCCGCCGUUUGUCGAACCGUCUGGCUGACUGUGCCGUUCCACAAUCCUUCUUGGCAAGCCCCCCGAAAUUGGCGUUUGCUCUUCUUUCAUGGUCGUUUCAUUUCGUGGACUCCUGAAAACUGAGCGGGUGUGUUUUGUUUGGCCCCGAAAAAUCAUGGCUCAGACGGGCGUGUCCCGGAUCCUGUCGGAAUUGGGCGUGUUGGCCAAUCUCCUGCUCCUCCUGUCGGCCACAUCCACCUCGGUCUUGGUCUAUGUCCUCGGACGCAUGAUCCUGGGUGUGACCAACAGCACAGUCACGCCCACGCGAUGGCUUGUGGUUACCUUCUUGCCCUUGCUCAUCGCCCUCUACGGUCUCCUCCGUCAGUCUUUGAACCGUUCGGGCGCGCUCUUGGCCGUCUUGGUGGGUGUCGUCCUGUCCUUGGCCCACCUGUCCUUCCUGUUGAGCUUGCUCUUCUUCUUCUUCAGCUCGUCCCGGGUCACCAAGUACAAAGCCGAACUCAAACAACGCAUCGAAGGCGACCAAUUUCGGGUGGGCGGGCAACGCAAUUGGAUCCAAGUCCUGUGUAAUGGGGGCAUGGCCACCGAGGUGGCUUUGGCCUACCUACUCGAAGUGGGGAGUGCCGAUCUGCCUUUGGAUUUUGCUCGAUAUUACAACGCCUCCUGGCUGAGCUUGGCCGUGUUGGGCUCCAUUGCCUGUUGUAACGGAGACACUUGGGCCAGCGAGAUCGGGUCCGUCUGGUCCCAGGCACCGCCUCGUCUUAUAACUACGGGUCAAAUCGUGCCACGCGGCACCAAUGGGGCCGUUAGUCCUAUGGGUUUGGUGGUGAGUGGAGCGGGUGGACUUUUUGUGGGCCUGGGCUAUUGGCUGGGGAUAGUGUUGGGUGGGAAUCCCAUCCUGCUUCAAUCCGCUCCAGCCCAAUGGCCUGUGAUUGUGUUUGGUGGGCUGGCCGGCCUCUUGGGUAGCCUCAUUGAUUCGGUUUUAGGGGCUACCGUCCAGUUUUCCGGUCAGCAUAAGCGGACCGGCGCCAUUGUGGAGGAACCCGGCCCGGAUGUCGAGCCCAUAAGUGGCUACGCUCUCAUGAGUAAUCACGGCGUGAAUCUAUUAUCCAGCGUGCUGACAGGCAUGCUCUUGCCUAAAAUCGUGCUCAAUUUUUUUGUAUGAUAUUAUUUUUCUUUUGAACCAUCUCGAAACUGUUGAACAGUUAACCCCCAGAGUAAUGCUCGAAAAUAGUAGUAUUAUUACAACUUAUAUUAAUAAUAGAGAUGUCGAUAAUACAGCUCAUGUCAACACGA